AUGGCCCGCAGGCAGGCGCGGGCAGCGGGCAGCGGGCGCUGGUUGCCCUGGCUGGGACUCGCCUUGCUGCCGCUGGCCGUGCCCCCCGCCGCCGCCCCCGGGGGCUGCCCGUCCGCCUGCUACUGCGUGGCCACCCCGGAGCUGGUGCAGUGCCGGUACGAGAGGUUGGAGGAACCGCCGAGGGAGCUGCCGGCCACCGUGCACAACCUCAGCAUCGCCGGCAGCAACCUGAGCGUGCUGCACCGCGCUGCCUUCGCCGCCCGCCCGCUGCCAGACCUCCGCCUGCUCCGCUUGCGCCAUGAUAACAUCCAAAGCGUCGAGGACAUGGCUCUGCAAGGGUUGUCCGCCCUACGUACCCUCGACCUGAGCCACAACCCCCUGCUCUCGGUGGCCCCCGGCGCUUUCGCCGGCGUGCCGCUGCUGCGUACGCUGCAGCUGAACCAGGCGCUGCUGGCCGCCCCGUUGGAGGAGCAGCUCGCCUUGGCCCUGCGCAACCUCAGCCUGCGGCGCUUGGAGCUGGCGGGCAACGCGCUGCGGGCGCUGCCGGCCACCCUGCUGCCCGCCGGCCUGGAGGAGCUGGACCUGCGUAACAACUCGCUGCAGCGGCUGACGGACGCUGAGCUGCGGAGCCUGGAAGCGCCGGCCUUGCGGGGGCUGCGGCUCACCUUGGGGGCCAACCCGCUGAGUUGCGACUGCGCUCUGCGCCCGUUCCUCGCCUGGCUGCGCACCGCCACCGCCCGCGUGCCCGACGCCCGCAGCCUGCGCUGCGCCGGACCACCACUGCUACGCGGGGCCGCCCUGCUACGCCUGCGGCCCGAGGGGCUGGCGUGUGCAGCCGCCGAGGGCGGCGAGCCCGGUCGGCUGGAGACAGCCUCUUACGUCUUCUUCGGCAUCGUGUUGGCCCUCAUCGGCAUCGUCUUCCUCAUGGUGCUCUACCUGAACCGCCGCGGCAUCAAGCGUUGGCUGCACAACCUGCGCGAGGCUUGCCGCGACCAGAUGGAGGGCUACCACUACCGCUAUGAGCAGGACGCCGAUCCCCGCCGUACCAGCGCCAUCGGCACCCCCGGCCUCUGA